CCGGAGGACCGGCAGGAUGAGCACAACUCCUCUCCACACAGCUCCACACGCAUACUGGAUGACUGUAAACGCGCAAAGAUCGAAUCACGGUUUGCCCUUCCGUCAGUUGUCCGAAAUGAAACUCCUGGUUUAACACGGAUGCUGCAACUUUUUAAUUAUGCAUAACUGUUAUGUUUGUUUUGGAUAGGAAUCGUCACGGUAUCUUUUUAAGGAACGCUAUGAAUGUGACGUGUAGCGGCUUUCUGAAGGAGAAGAGCAUCCUCUUCGUCCCCGGUAAGCGGGAUCGGGCGUAUAACGAAGCAUCUUUUUUCUCAGCUGGACUAUAGUGCGGGGCCGCUCCUGUUGCUGAAGCCUGUGUGUGUACAUAUCAUGCUCUUGAGCUCAAAGGAAUGAAUUUGACAUUUUUAUAAGGAAACACGCCGCCAGAGAGACUCAACGCGUCAAAAAAAAGCUCUUGGUAUGGCUGCGAAGUCCUUAGAGCCGGGGUCUGUUUCCAUUCCCAUGGAGGAGACCAAGCGUGCGGGAGGAGCCCCUCCAGAUGCUGCCAUGUUGACCCACCUGAAGAAGGUGGAGAACCAUAUCACAGAGGCACAGAGGUUUUCUCACCUGCCUCAGCGUUCAGCAGUGGACUUGGAGUUUACAGAGCUCUCCUACACCAUCCGUGAGGGCCCCUGUUGGAGGAGGCGAGGAUUUAAGGCCCUCCUGAAGUGUCUUUCUGGAAAAUUCUGCAGUCGGGAGCUCAUCGGAAUCAUGGGACCCUCUGGGGCCGGCAAGUCCACUCUCAUGAACAUUCUUGCUGGCUACAGAGACACAGGCAUGAAAGGUCAGAUCCUGGUAAACGGGCGACCCCGUAACCUCCGCACCUUCAGAAAAAUGUCGUGUUACAUCAUGCAAGAUGACAUGCUACUGCCACAUCUAACAACACGAGAGGCAAUGAUGGUUUCAGCUAACCUUAAACUUAACGAAAACAUGGAAGUGAAAAAAGAACUGGUGAAUGAGAUCCUCACAGCAUUAGGACUGCAGGAGUGCGCUCACACUCGCACCAUUUCUCUGUCGGGUGGCCAGUGUAAACGGUUGGCUAUUGCUCAGGAGCUGGUCAAUAACCCACCUGUCAUGUUUUUUGAUGAACCCACCAGUGGUCUAGACAGCACAUCCUGUUUCCAGGUGGUGUCCUUGAUGAAAUCUCUGGCUCAAGGAGGUAGAACCAUCAUCUGUACCAUCCACCAGCCCAGUGCUAAACUAUUUGAAAUGUUCGACAAGCUUUAUAUCCUGAGUCAAGGUCAGUGUAUAUAUAAGGGAACAGUACCGUACCUUAUCCCCUACCUGAAAAACCUUGGACUCCACUGCCCUACGUACCACAAUCCUGCAGACUUUAUAAUCGAGGUCGCCUCAGGAGAGUAUGGUGAUCUGAACCCUGUGCUCUUCGAGGCGGUUCAGGGAGGCCUGUGUUCAGAUGAGGGGAAGAAGAACUCCAGUGACAAGAACGACGCCACCACAUCCUGUCCCUCCCAGUGUUAUAAUGAUUCAGGCUACAUUGAGAAACACACUUUUGCCACAAGUACCCUCACACAGUUCUGCAUCCUCUUCAAGAGAACCUUCAUCACUAUAUGCAGGGACAUGGUAUUAACCCACCUGAGGGUGAUGUCACACCUGUGUAUUGGUGUGCUGAUUGGUCUGCUGUAUCUAAACAUUGGGAAUGAUGCCAGUAAAGUGUUCAACAACACUGGUUUCCUGUUCUUCUCCAUGCUGUUUCUCAUGUUUGCAGCACUCAUGCCCACCGUCCUGACAUUUCCACUGGAGAUGUCUGUGUUUAUAAGGGAGCAUCUUAAUUAUUGGUACAGUCUAAAGGCAUAUUACCUGGCCAAGACCAUGGCUGACAUUCCAUUCCAGGUAAUUUGUCCGAUAAUGUACUGCAGUAUAGUGUACUGGAUGACAGAGCAGCCUCCAGAGGCAGGCAGAUAUCUGCUCUUUAUGGCCCUGUCCACCUUCACUGCCCUAGUGGCUCAGUCUCUGGGGCUUCUCAUUGGAGCUGCGUCCACCUCCCUACAGGUUGCCACAUUCGUAGGUCCGGUCUCUGCCAUCCCAGUCCUUCUGUUCUCUGGCUUCUUUGUCAACUUUGACACCAUCCCCAAAUACCUGCAAUGGAGCUCCUAUGUGUCAUACGUCAGGUAUGGUUUUGAGGGUGUGAUCCUCUCCAUCUAUGGCAUGAACCGCUCAGAGCUGGAGUGUCCCGGCGUGGCGUGCAAGUUCCAGAAACCAGAGGAGGUGCUGCAGCUGCUGGAUGUGGAGGACGCUAAGCUCUACGUGGACUUUAUUGUUCUGGGGGUCUUCUUCUUAAUUCUGAGACUUGCCACUUACCUAGUUCUUCGUUAUAAAGUCAAGUCAGAACGUUAGGGCCAAAACUCAUCAUUAGAUAUACAUUUAAUUUCACAUACACCCAUAAACUCUCAUAAAUGCACAUAACGAUAUUUUUGCAAUAGACACAGAAGCCAAUGCACAUUGAUUAUGGGGCCAUUGUUUGGCCGUGCAACA